CCUCUGAGAAGAAUCUGAGGAAUGACCGAGCCGUGGUGGGCGGCGGAAUGAACUCAUGGCUCCCUGACUUGACGGCACGGCGGGCCGGCGGGCACCUGGACGCCUGCGGCCCCGGGCUCCGAGCGCCAUGUCCGAGGGGGAGAGCAAGGACAGCUCGGGCAGCGAGUGCCCGGUGUGCUACGAGAGGCUCCGCGACCUGGAGGGCGCCGGGCGCACGCUGAGCUGCGGCCACGUGUUCUGCCAUGACUGCCUGGUCAAGUACCUCCUGUCCACCCGCGUGGACGGGCAGGUCCAGAGGACCAUCGUCUGCCCCGUCUGCCGCUACGUCACCUUCCUCAGCAAGAAGAGCUCCCGCUGGCCCUCCAAGCUGGACAAGAGCUCCCAGACCCUGGCCGUGCCCGUGGGCCUGCCCCCCGGGCCGCCACCGGCCACCCUGGGCCACGCCACCCCCCCGGCCACCUCCCCGCCUGCCUGGGGGCCGUCCCCGAGCCAGAGCGGCCAGCUGCCCGUGGACCUGCCGCCCGGGCUGCCCCGGGAGCCGCAGAUCUUCGUCAUCAGCCGCCACGGGAUGCCCCUGGGGGAGCAGGACAGCGUCCUGCCGCGGCGCAGCCUGGCCGAGCUCUCGGAGGCCUCCCCGGCGCCCAGUUCCACCCGGUCCUUCUGCUGCCGCUCCCGGGCCCUGCUGCUCAUCACCCUCAUCGCUGUGGUGGCCGUGGUGGCCGCCAUCCUGCCCUGGGUGCUUCUAGUGAGGAAGCAGGUGUGAGAGGGGGCACCUGCAGGGGCCGCCGAGCCCGUUCAGAGGCCGCGCUGGCCAUGGCCGUGGCAGGUGGGAGGCCCACUGGCAUCUACCCUUGGGCGCGGGGCAGCUCAGGCAGGACAGGGAGGCAGGAUAUCUGAGGCCAGAGCUGGGCUAAGCCUGGGCUCUGGGCUGAAAUGGAAAGUCCAGGUUCCAGGCCAGGGAGGGAUGUGUGACGGGCGCCUCUGCCGAGAAGCAAGGGCGGCAGCGGCCCCUCGGCAGAUGCUCUCCGCGCUCUCUGUGCUGGAACCAGCCAGGCGGGCAGGUGGGCUCGGUGGCCGGGAGGAGGGGUCCUUAUCUGCCAGGUGACCUCCCUGAGGCCAGGUGGGGUUCCGUGUGGGGGACAAGGAACUUCUGCUGGCACAUCUUGCUGGAUGGGGGCGCAAUGGCAGGACCCCUCCAGGUCAGAAUCCACCCCCACAGCCCCAGUCCUCUGGCUCCCUCCCAGGGCCAGACAGAAAAGGUGGCAUGGGACCGAGAAUCUCAGCCCCCCUCCGUGAUCCUCAGCGCCGGGCCAGCGGGCACCCCCCUACCCCCAAUCACCAGCCUGGAAGGUCUUCCCUGAGGGGGAAGCUGACCUCAGGGGUGGCGGGCAGCCCUGGGGGAAGGAACAGCAAAGGGGGGCUGAGGCCACACCAGGAGUCGGGGGUUUGCUGACAGAGGCCAGCAGAACGGCCCACCUAACAGAGCCCAAGGGCUCCCCAAGCCUCCCAGGGGGUUUCAAGGACGGCCCAGAGGGCGGGAGGGCAGAGGAAGCCUGGUGGCCAGGACCUGCGUCAGCCAAGAACUAUGCAGGUGGUGAACCCCUGGGGGCUCCUGCCUCCCUGCCAGCCCAGGUCCUCCUCCUCCCAGGGACCAAGCACUCAUUAGAGGCCAUGCCAGCCGGGCCAGUUUCCGAGGUGGAUUCCCCGGCUGGGCUGGGCGAGGAGGGUGGGGAGGAAGGCAGCUGUGCCCGACAGGUACGCUACUGUCAUUUCACCUGGGGACCCCGCCUGUGCUGGGGAUCCCUGCUGAGGACACUAGAAGAACCUCUGGUUGGGGCCUGUCUGGGCAGCAAGCCUUUCAGGAGCAGCUAUUUCCUCCUUAUUAAGGCCCAUUAAGUCAGGGGGCCGACAUCUUAAUUUUAGGGUUAAAAACAGCAAAUCCCUCAAGCCACUCUCUCAAAGAGGUGGGUGUUGGAAGCCCAGGUGUGCCAGCCAUUGGGCCCUGCACGGGCCGAGCCUCUCUCCGCAAAGCCUGCCGUCUGUCUGACUUUGACCUCGUUCCUAAAAGCCUGCGGUGCGGGUCACUUGCGGACCAUUAGCGAAGGGCACCCACACCGCAGGCGACACUGGGUCACGGGGGCAGCUGACUGAGAGCACCUGCGGGCUUCUUUAUGCUCUUUUUCCGACUAAAGAAGAGCACAGAUCCGAUUGGGGGAGAUACAGGUGGGCUGGGGGGGGGUAAGCAUUUAUUACACAAAUUACGAUGGAACAUUUACGAAGCCUCUAGUGAGUCAGGUUUAACCACAGCUAGGCUGCUUUGAACCCGUGUCAUGAAUUUCUGGGGCCCUGAUUUUAGUCUUGUUGGAUUCUGUUGUGUUUGCCAAAAGUUAAUUUCAAAAUACCUGUAGUGUUUCUAGAUUGUUGUUCUGUGGUGACGUGUAGACCAUGCUUCUUUUAUUUUCAAAGAAUGUCAAAAGC